AAGAUGCAGACUGUGGCCAUGUGUGUAGGACUGCUCCUCUUCAGUGUGACCUGGGCAGCACCAAUGAUGAACGAAGAGGAUGGCACCACCAACAAAGGCAGCGCCCACAGGGACUUGCCCACGGGGGACAAUGGAGCAGAGGAUGGCGAGGAUGCCCUCCUGAACCUGCCUGACCAGGAAAGGGAUGGCGCUGCUCUCCUCAGAAGUAUCGCGCAGCCUAUAGAGAGACCAGAGACUGGGAGUGAACUACGGAGUCACAAAAACACAGAGAAGAAACCUAAGAGUGUUCCAAACAUGAUUCCAGCAGAUGUCAGUGAUGCGGAAGACCACUUGAAAGAUGAAAAGAUUCAACAGAGGAAUCUACUGUCCCAGAUUAGCCCAGUGAAAAGCAAAGGUACCCACCAGAUCCAACGAAGCCCUCACUACCCAACACAUCGCCCCCAAAUCAGAAAGAUCCCCAGUGACUUUGAAGGUAGCGGUUCUGCAGACAUUCAAGCGAGGGGUGAUAACGAUGUCCCUCCUUUCAGUAGGGAAGGCCAACGUUUCACGUACAUUCCUGGCCAAGGAGGUGCUAUUGGACCCGCUCUAGAAAGCUCAGGCAGUCGCACAGGCCUCUCAGGCUCUGACAAAUCUGAGGUUGUUAACCCCCACUCGAGUGGACUGGGUUCUAAUGAGAUCCCAGAGAGAGAAACGCAUGGCGGUGAUGUUGUUGAAACCAGAGACAAAACCACACAACGGGCAGGCGCUGCUGGUGUGAGCCUGGUGGAGGGCGGCAAUGACAUCACAGGCAGUACUAAUUUUAGGGAACUCCCUGGAAAAGAAGGGAACAGAAUUGAUGCUGGCAGCCUAAAUGCUCAUCAAGGGAAAGUAGAAUUUCACUAUCCACGAGUGCCCUUCAAAGAGAAGCCAAAAGGGGGCAGCACUGACAGCUCCGGGAGCGCCAGUUACAAUGAGAUUCCGAAGCGCAGUAAAGGCAGCUCUAGGAAAGGUGCGGAAGAAUCCUACAGGAACCAAGAGACCUUGACUGAAAAACAAAGGUUUCCAGGCAAAGGCGAUAGUCAGGGCCGGGUUCUUCCUUCUCACGGUCUUGGUAAUGAAGUUAAAAGUAAAGGAGAUUCCUCUAACGUUCCCAGUAAUGAGCGGGUUAUAACACACAGUAGAAAGAACCAUUAUGUACUCCACGGGCGGAACAGCUCUACACGGAAUAAAGGGAUGUCUCAAUGGAGGGAGGUCUGGCCUUCGCGGAGGCCCCACGCCCAGCGGCGCUUCAGCACCCACAGAAGAGACAGCAGCGAGUCUUCGUCCAGCGGUAGCUCCAGUGAGAGCGAGGGUGACUAG